AUGGCAACGGUUGAUCCUCUUAUGGAAGAUCAUCUUAAAAACUGCGCAGGUAAACUAAUAUUUUUUUGAUCACAGCUGGCGACUUUGUAUAUGUACUGAAUUUUGUCUAAUUGUCUUUUUACAUAAUUAACUUACAAAAACUUUAGGAUCUGAUUUGAACUAGGCUUGUGUCUACGCGAUGGUUAGUUUAUAUAAAUCUUUUCAAAAUACACGACCUUACGACUAUUCAUCAUUAUUUAGAUCACGCUACAUAUCUCAGUCCUGAUAUCCAGAAUCAGAUGAUAGAGGUAAUUGGUUCAGCCAUAUCCAAAGAAAUUAUACGACGUGUUAAAGAAGCUACGUUCUUUGCAAUCAUUGCAGAUGAAACACCCGACAGUGGAAAGAUAGAACAGCUGUCCCUGCUUGUUCGCUAUGUUCGGAAUGGAACUACAGAGGAACGCCUUUUAUCUGUUGAACCAAUGGAUCAAACUUACUGCCGAAGCCCUUCUGCACACUAUCCGCGACAAGCUGGAAGAAGACUUGAUUUAGUUUAA